AUGUGGAUCGUCAACUGGUUCUACGAUGUCCUGGCCUCGCUUGGUCUCCUCAAUAAGCACGCGAAGCUCCUGUUCCUCGGUCUGGACAAUGCUGGCAAGACCACCCUGCUGCACAUGUUGAAGAACGACCGUGUCGCCGUCCUGCAACCUACCGCACACCCCACCUCCGAGGAGUUGGCCAUCGGCAACAACCGCUUCACGACCUUCGAUCUCGGUGGUCACCAGCAGGCCCGCCGUCUCUGGAAGGAUUACUUCCCCGAAGUGAGCGGAAUCGUCUUCUUGGUUGAUGCCAAGGAUUACGAGCGCUUCCCCGAAUCCAAGGCUGAGCUCGACGCUCUCCUCGCCAUGGAGGAGCUUUCUAAGGUUCCCUUCCUCGUUCUCGGAAACAAGAUCGAUCACCCCGACGCUGUCAGCGAGGACGAGCUGCGCCACCAGCUCGGUCUCUACCAGACCACUGGUAAGGGCAAGGUCCCUCUCGAGGGUAUCCGUCCUAUCGAGGUGUUCAUGUGCAGUGUUGUUAUGAGACAGGAGUCCUACCUGUUCCCCGACACCGAUCUCCCUCUCUCACCCAUCAACGCAAAAUCCAUAUUCAUUCACUUGAGCAAGAGUCCAAAUGAAACGAAAAUGGCUUUGGUUUUGGCGUCGCCUUUGGCUCACUUCAACAUUGCUCUACACCUGAACACCCAGUCCCAUACCCCUCCCACAAACCCAAUCAUAUUUACUCCCGGACGUACCUGUACGUCUUGA